AUGGCUCGUACCAAGCAAACCGCUCGUAAAUCCACCGGAGGAAAGGCUCCACGUAAGCAACUUGCUACCAAGGCUGCUCGCAAGUCGGCUCCAACCACUGGAGGAGUCAAGAAGCCACAUCGCUACCGUCCGGGAACUGUCGCUCUUCGUGAGAUUCGUCGCUACCAGAAGUCGACCGAGCUUCUCAUCCGCAAGCUCCCAUUCCAGCGUCUCGUUCGCGAGAUUGCCCAAGACUUCAAGACCGAUCUCCGCUUCCAAUCGGCCGCUGUCGGAGCUCUCCAAGAGGCAUCUGAGGCUUAUCUCGUCGGACUCUUCGAAGACACCAACUUGUGCGCCAUCCACGCCAAGCGCGUUACCAUCAUGCCAAAGGACAUCCAAUUGGCUCGUCGCAUCCGUGGAGAACGUGCCUAA